ACUGGACAACAAUGUUAUCAUUUGCCGAAAUGGACGUGCUUUCAAUUCUACACGAUACGUGUAUACAUAUGGCAAGUGCAAACGCAGGACUGGGAUAUACCGCAAUACUUUGGUGUAUUGCAGGUGUGAUUUUUUGCGUACGGGGGGACGGCAGUUGCGAGUACCUGGACCUUUCCCGGCCGGAGCGCACAAGCCGCCUCGUGUGUUCCCAGUAUGGCUGUUGUGGUACUUUUAAGGACAGGCACUGCUGCACCGGGCCGCUGGCGAUUAUUGGCGGUGUGUUCAGUGGCGCUGUUCUUCUCCUGAUUAUAUCUGUCGUCUGCGGUGUCUGCUACAACACGUGCAAACAGCGCAAGUCCGUCCUUCCAAUCCCUACCAUAACAGCUGGCAUGCAUAACGACAUUCCCGAACCAACAUCUCCACUCCCGACUCUCCGGGUCUACAACGCAGACCGCCUGCACCCACCUUCGCUGUUUUUCAAGCGGCUUGCCAGAGGGACCAAACAUGGCGUCAACAAUAGUCCUUCCAAAGAUCAUCCAACAAGUUCCCCUCCAUCCGACACCCUUUUGGCAGGAUCAGACAGACGGAAGAACAAACUAAGAUUAUUCCCAGACCACCAAUGUCAGCUUUCUACCGAUAGAAACAUGGCACCAUUGCUGAAAGCCGGGGCGGAGUCUCUAUAA